UGCUUGGUGUUAUGCUAAAAUCCGCAACUUUCGAAAAUUGUGACGCCACUUCUACAGUCGACACUAGAUGGCGUACCGACCCCCCUCCCGGUCUGCGUUGGUUAACAGUGGUAACAAUUUUGGACGGUCGCCGAUUAUGCGACAACACUUGUCAGCUGCUCUGCUACGCCAAGUCUGUUAACGAAAACCAAUGGGUUGACACGAGAAAGAUGGAUGCAAACCGCUUUGAUUUCUACAUUGGUCUCUCUCUGGCGUUGAGCUCGAGUGUUUUCAUCGGAACAAGUUUUAUCUUGAAGAAAAAAGGCCUGUUAAGACUAGCCAGCAAGGGUUCAAUGCGAGCAGGUCAAGGGGGGUAUGCUUACCUGAAAGAGUGGCUAUGGUGGGCAGGACUUAUUUCAAUGGGAGCUGGAGAAGCUGCUAACUUUGCUGCAUAUGCAUUCGCACCUGCCACAUUAGUGACACCACUGGGGGCCAUGAGUGUACUUGUAAGUGCUGUGCUGUCUUCCUACUUCCUGAAUGAGAGGUUGAAUGUGCAUGGCAAGGUUGGUUGCCUGCUUUGCAUCUUUGGCUCCACAGUGAUGGUGAUUCAUGCUCCACAGGAAGAAGUAGUAGCCUCCCUCAGUGCCAUGGCUGAGAAGCUUAAAGACCCAGGUUUCAUUGCGUUUGCUGUUUGCAUUGUGGCAUGCUGCCUGGUUCUCAUCUUUGCCGUGGCCCCACGAUAUGGACAGAGGAAUGUACUGGUCUACAUCCUGAUCUGCUCAGUGAUCGGCUCCCUCUCUGUGUCCUGUGUCAAGGGCCUGGGUAUUGGCAUUAAGGAGCUGUUUGCUGGGACAACAGUCCUGAAGGAACCCCUAUUCUGGUCCUUGCUAAUCUGCCUGGCGGUCUGCGUCAGUAUUCAGAUCAGCUAUCUGAACAAGGCCCUGGAUGUAUACAACACCUCCAUAGUUACACCCAUCUACUACGUCUUCUUUACCACCUCUGUCAUGGCCUGCUCUGCCAUCCUUUUCAAGGAGUGGUUGCGUAUGACAACUGAUGGGGUGGUGGGCACUAUCAGUGGCUUCCUCACCAUCAUCUUUGGAAUUUUCCUCCUUCAUGCCUUCAAGGACAUUACUUUUACAUGGGACUCCCUGCCACUGUACCUGAGGAAGGGGCCACAGGGUUACCCCUGGAGUACCCAGCCUUAUGUUGCCCUUCCCAGCCAUGAAAGCCAAGCAGAGGAUAAGAUAAAGCAGCCUAAAGAUGGGGGUGACAAAUGAGGUUACUCUCCAGAGAGGAGAAACAGCAGCUCUGUUACUACUUAGACCACAAGCUUUACAAUGUGCCAAGUUAAGCAAUUUCUUUACUGAAUUUGGAUUGACAAUUUGCCUUACAUAAUGAAAUAUGCACUGGAUUAUAUGCACUUUUUUAUUAGCAUGCUGUUAUGUACCCGCUUUUUAUUACAGCAAAACACAUUUUUGGCUUUCUCUUUUUACUGUUACAGUGACAUCACCAAAUCAUUUUACUAUGUGCAAGACAGGAUAGUAACGUGUUUAGAAUCUAUACUUUCAUAACUUGUUAAAACUACUGAGUGUCAAUGAAGUGUGCUGGUAUCAAGUUAUUUGUGUAGCCUUAUCAAUUCCAUAGUAGGCCAAUAUAGAACUAUACAAUCUUUGAAAUCUAUUAAUUGCUGUCAAGCUAAGAUUGCACAGCAUUUAAACCAGCUUGUUUUGACUAUUACCUAUACAUUUCUGUACUUUUAACCUUCAUGUACUGCAAAAACCUUUUAUGAACUUCCUUUGUGGCUAAGGUCAAUGUAAAAGCUUUAAUAUAAAUGAAUGUGGUUCAUCUCGAUGAUAAAAGUGUUAGUAUUUUGACAGUUUUUGUAAUACUCAGUAUUUUUCAUUAGUUUUCUGAAGAACCUCAAAUGGUUCCACAAAGUCCAAAUUCCUAACUUUCUCAACAAGGUAAUGGUACUAUUUUUGUUAAACAGCAAAUGUUAAUUAAAUUAAAAUGUAAUAAUUACAAUUUUG